AUGGGUGAAUUUGAAGGAAAUGAACUUGCCGAAUUACAUAUAUAUACCCAAACAUUUCAAGUAAUUACAAAAUUACAAGAAAGAGCCGAAGCUGAAAAAAGAUUCCAGUCCUAUAUAAACAGAGUGUUGAAUGAAGGAGACGAUGAGAUCGGGAUAGUAUUUUACAAAGGACAGCUGUUUUCUCACCCUCCAGGCACUGACGAUGCAGGUAAAUAUUCCAUUGAAUUUUAUCUGCUAUCAUUGAAACAUUGGGAUGCUCAGAGACGAAAUAGUCUCUUGACGUCGAAAAUCUUCAAAGAAUUUACAGAAAACUUUGCAACACUGGAAAGAGAAGUGUUAAAGCAGCAAACAGUGUGUCUCAAACGAGAUCCGGUCAGUUUUGACGACCAUGCCGAGGAUCUUGGUCAGGUCCCAGGGUGCACGAAUAUAGAGGGGGAUAACUGCUGCGAAAAGUGCUUGAAUUUUUGGUUAAUUGUUCCCAGAGUUCAAUGGGACUUUUUUGACCUCCUCUACCAGAUGUACACUUUUGAUAUUUUCCAUCAAGGCAUGCUGGCUAAAUUUGUUCACUUCUUCACAAUUCCAACCAACGUCAUGUUGUCCAUGAUGUUUCUCGCCCAAUUCAAUAUUUAUGGAGAGCUUCGCUAUGGAAAUGCAUUUUCUGUCAAUGGUGCACUCAUUCUCUUUGGCGUCUUAAGCAUUGCCUAUAUCAUUAUGGGAUUCAUUCGUAAGUGUGUCCUGUGGGGUGUUGCUACUACAGUAGUGUUAGCGGUACUUAACAUGGCGGGAAACCUGUGGUACUACAGUUAUCGCACUGUGAACAACCCCUGGUAUAACCCGACCAAUUGGUACACCAAUCCACUCAUAUGGAGCUAUGGAAUAUCUUUUCUACAGGCGUCAUCUCAUAUGACAGAAUCACAAAUACCAGCUUUUAUAACAGGUGUAACUCAUUGGGAAUCUCUGCACAUGUUCUUCCUCAAAAGGAGAAAAACACUAGAAUCUCGCUGUAAAAAUUGUGGAUUUGUAGUACUGUCCUUGAUCUGCUUUCCGUUUCUAUCCGUCUCUGUAGCAUGGUUUUCAUGGCCGCAUCUGAUCGGCACGGAGGUCAUUUACAUCAUGGCUGGAAUAGGUUAUCGCCCUAAAUUUUUUAAAGAAUAUUUCCGAAUUGUCGAAAAGUCGGAGAGUUUCGGAAAUCCAGUCAUCGACCGGUUUCCCACAAGCCACAAAGAUGUCAUGGCCAUAGCACCGGCUCACGUGGAAUCAAUGAAGAAGUCACAUCUUCUUUCUGACCACCCGACUAAUGGCGAAGUUUUCAAAUCCAUCGCUACAUUAAAACUAUCUGCAAUGUACCUAAGGAAAAGAAGUAAUAUAAAAUCACUGAGUAAAAGUGAAGAAGGACAAAAGAGCGCUUUGGAUACCUUAGAUAUCAUGAUAGCAGCACGCAAGGGUUAUUAUGGGAAAAGUAACACUGGUAAAGUUGGACACAAGGACAGUGGGGGAAAUUCAUCAGUGUAA